GCUUUUGGUACGGAUUGGUUCGUGGAUUCGCAAUCGGAAAAGAUGAUCUAACUGUUGAAGGGUUUUCGCGUCUAAUUUGUGCCAGCUCCCUCGCAGCCCAAAAAGAUGACGACGUACGAGGAAUUCAUUCAGCAGAAUGAGGACCGGGAUGGCAUUCGGUUUACGUGGAACGUGUGGCCGACGAGUCGCAUCGACUCGACGCGCCUGGUCGUCCCGCUCGGCUGCCUCUACCAACCGCUCAAAGAGCGCCCGGAUCUGCCCCCGAUCCUGUACGAUCCGGUUAUUUGCACGCGCACGACCUGCCGUGCCGUGCUGAAUCCGCUGUGCCAGGUCGACUAUCGGGCCAAGCUGUGGGUGUGCAACUUUUGCUUCCAGCGCAACCCAUUCCCGCCCCAGUAUGCCGCCAUCUCGGAGCAGCACCAACCGGCCGAGCUGAUCGCCGGCUUUAGCACGAUCGAGUACACGAUUGCGCGCGCCCCGUGCAUGCCACCGGUGUUCCUGUUCGUCGUGGACACGUGCAUGGACGAGGAAGAGCUGACCGCGCUCAAGGACUCGCUCCAGAUGUCGCUCAGCUUGCUGCCUGCGAAUGCGCUCGUCGGUUUGAUCACGUUCGGUAAGAUGGUCCAGGUGCACGAACUUGGCACCGAGGGGUGCUCGAAAAGUUACGUGUUCCGUGGCACGAAAGACCUGAGUGCGAAGCAGAUACAGGAUAUGCUGGGUAUCGGGCGUGGUCCUGCGACGGGCCAGCAUCCCGGUCAGCACCCGCAGCAACAGCGUGGGCCGGCAGCACCGCCUGUUCCGCCGGCGAACCGCUUUUUGCAACCGCUGCACAAGUGUGAUAUGGCUCUGACCGAUCUGCUCGGUGAGUUGCAGCGUGAUCCGUGGCCGGUGUCGCAAGGCAAACGUUUCCUGCGAUCCACCGGUGCCGCCCUGUCCAUUGCGGUCGGUUUGCUCGAAUGCACCUAUCCCAACACGGGCGGACGCAUUAUGCUGUUCGUCGGUGGCCCGUGUUCCCAGGGUCCCGGUCAGGUGGUGGACGAUGAACUGAAGCACCCGAUUCGGUCACACCACGACAUCCAGAAGGACAACGCCAAGUUCAUGAAGAAAGCGAUCAAGCACUACGAAGCGCUGGCGUUGCGUACGGCCACCAAUGGGCAUUGUAUCGAUAUCUACUCGUGCGCCCUCGAUCAGACCGGGCUGCUGGAGAUGAAGCAGUGCUGCAACUCGACCGGCGGCCACAUGGUCAUGGGCGAUUCGUUCAACUCGUCACUGUUCAAGCAAACCUACCAGCGGGUCUUUGCGGCCGACCAAAAGAACGAGCUCAAGAUGGCGUUCAAUGGAACGCUGGAGGUUAAGUGUUCGCGGGAACUGAAGGUUGAAGGCGGCAUCGGGUCGUGCGUUUCGUUGAACGUGAAGAAUGGCACCGUCUCGGACACGGAAAUCGGUAUGGGUGGCACCGUGCAGUGGAAGCUGUGCACGAUGAGCCCCAACACGACGAUGGCCUUCUUUUUCGAAAUAGCCAAUCAGCAUACGGCCCCGAUACCGCCCGGUGGUCGCGGUUGUCUGCAGUUCAUUUCGCAGUACCAGCACGCCAGCGGACAGCGACGUAUACGCGUAACGACGGUUGCGCGUAGCUGGGCCGACGGAGCGGCCAAUUUGCACAUGAUUUCGGCCGGGUUCGAUCAGGAGGCGGCCGCCGUGCUUAUGUCGCGGAUGGUCGUGUACCGGGCCGAGUCGGACGAUGGGCCCGACACACUGCGCUGGAUCGAUCGGCAGCUGAUCCGCCUGUGCCAGAAGUUUGGCGAGUACGGCAAGGACGACGCAAACAGCUUCCGGUUGGCGGAGAACUUUUCGCUCUUCCCGCAGUUCAUGUACCACCUGCGACGUUCGCAGUUCCUGCAGGUGUUCAACAACAGCCCGGACGAAACCACCUUCUACCGGCACAUGCUAAUGCGCGAGGAUCUCACGCAAUCAUUGAUCAUGAUCCAACCGAUACUGUAUUCUUACUCGUUCAACGGGCCACCGGAGCCGGUGCUGCUCGACACCUCCUCAAUCCAGCCCGAUCGUAUCCUGCUGAUGGACACGUUCUUUCAAAUUCUCAUUUUCCACGGUGAGACGAUCGCGCAGUGGCGCAAAGACAAGUACCAGGACAUGCCGGAGUACGAGAACUUUAAGCAGCUGCUACAGGCACCGGUGGACGAUGCACAAGAGAUUCUCCAGACGCGUUUCCCGAUGCCUCGGUACAUCGACACCGAGCAGGGCGGUUCGCAGGCACGGUUCCUCCUGUCGAAGGUUAACCCUUCACAGACUCACAACAACAUGUACGCCUACGGCCAGAUGGCGGUUCCAAGUGCGGACGGUGGCGCUCCCGUGCUAACGGAUGACGUAUCGCUGCAAGUGUUCAUGGAACAUCUGAAGAAGCUGGCCGUCUCAUCGACCACAUAAGGACGUGUCGAUGACGCAGAACGGCACGGUACGAGGGGGGCGCGGAACGAUCUGUCGCUCAGUGUGCGCGUUUUAAUUAAAAUUUAAAUUGAUCGCCGUGGGACAUCAGUCCAGCAGCGCCCUCCUGCUGCUGCCUAUAUCGCGUGAAACAGUAUAAAUGGAGCAACGCAAUUUUUUUUUUUGUUAUCAAUCAUUUCGAUUUAUGUUUAACAUUAUUUGGCGGGUGCAAGUUUGUUGCGAUAAAAGCAAGUUAAUGAUAGGGCUCGCUACAACGCAAUCACCACCGAUAUGACAAUGUCGGUGAUGAGAUUUGUGUAGCUAAUAAAAUAUAUUAAUAUCAUAUGUACGCACUCUAGUGGUCAAUAAAGCGCAUUUCUCGUAGGGGACGCAAAGCGAAGUUAAUUUCGGAGAAAGA